GUCAAACGCCGCAUCGGCAAACAAACUUCUGUUCUUUGAAUCACAUGUUGGCGAACAAGCAUGGCCAUGGCUUAGAAUCAAUUGCCGGUUCCCAUACCGGUUCCCAUACCGCGUCGAUCUCUGCAAGUCUCCCUCCCUCUCGACGAUAACUUGCGCAAUCAUGGGACCCAACUCUGAAAGGCCCUCGAGAUUGAUCGAACGAUCAGGCAUCACUCUCUGGAUUCUAAGUUUGGGACCUCGUCAUCACUGCUGAUCAGUGCUAGCUUAGCUCUCCUAGAACUCUAAUCAUCUCACCUCAUCAUAUAAAGUUCAUUUCGAGAUGGGCCGCCCGCCAGCCCAGCCGAGCAGCCCCAGAGUCACACCUAAGACAUAUUUGUGAUAUGAAAGCUGACCGCCUCGCCCACGCCAAGCAGCCUUUCAUCUCUCGCUCUCUUCAAAGUUCUAAAAAUCCUUCCCCCUAUCCCCGUAACUGUAAUUGACAAUUGAUGAUAUUUUCGCAAUGGUACUACCGUGGGCGAGCGUGGGAACGCGAGAAGUCGACAACACGCACUAUGAUACUUCGGAGGAGGAAUCGAUUUGCGAGAUGGAAAAUGAAGCUACGGCUGUGGUAACCUUAGACCUAGCAAUCCCGAUUCCCGAGGCGACGCAGCCGCGAAGCGCCAGCGAGCCCAUGCCGACACGAGAGACGUGGUCGGGCACACGCGUGCUUUGUCCGGAUCCCGUGCUCACGGGAUACUCGACAUCGGACGACGAAGAACGUGAAAUUGGAGGAAAGGCAAGCGCAACGCGACAAAAGGUUCGCAAGACGAGAGCGGGACAGCGGCGAGCGUCAUGGUCGCCGCAACCACCUCUGACAGCGAGAGCGCACGAUAGCGGCGUCCAGGGCCUCGAUGACAGCGACACAUGCACCGCGGGAAGUGGUGUUGGAAAUGGGGAGGAAGCAGCGAGACAUUGGAGAAAGAUAACACAGCUUGAGGCCUUGGAUUCAACACGAGUCGGGAGUGAAGAUGAAGACGACGGUUCGGCAUUCAGGGGCAUCGCGGAUGCGGACUCGAGCGAGGAGCGUUGGAGGCAGAUUGUGCUGGAAGAGCAUAUGGACAAGAUUUUCCAUGCGUUCCCGACAUUGCUCGACGAAGAGCUGAAGGAAACGGUAGUGGGUGGGGUGAGGGUGAGGACUAGCUUUGAGACGACGGAGGAAUGGGGGCUCCCACGCAGGAAGCAGACUGGCUUGAAAGGGCGGGUGUUAACGCGGGUAAGAUUGUUUGGAUAUUCGAGGACGCGAAAAGAAGGAGUGCCAUGACGAGAAGGACAAGGACGAUUUGGUGUGGAGGGCGGUAGAGUUGAGGUUGGUAUUUUCUUGGUCCCUUGAAUGUUGGAUAAUAUCCGGGCAGCUUGGCGUUAGGAGUACUCGGAUUUUGGGUAAGGAAUAAGCAAGAUCUUAUAACUUUAUAAAAUAAUACUAUAUAUUCAAGGACAAGGACAAUUUAGUAUAAAAAGCAAUAGAGUUAAGGUAGUAUUUUCUUAGUUCCUUAUAUAUUAGGUAAUAUCCAGGUAGCUUGGCAUUAGGAG